GGCACGUGGACCCCGGAAGCAGCGUGUGGUGGUUGUAAACCUCGGGCAUAAGCCUGUGAAGCAACAGCAGCCAAUGAUUGACACUGAAAGACAGUAAUAAAGUUUAAAGGACUGCUGCUACUGUCACCGUGCAUCGCUUCUCAAGAGACCAACUUCCCAGAAAACAUGAGUCAAAAUAGGAUAUACAUGGACUACAAUGCCACUACCCCGCUGGAUCCACAGGUGAUCCAGGCCAUCACUGAGGCUCUUCAUGACGCCUGGGGAAACCCAAGCAGCACGUACGCUGCAGGUGUCAAAGCCAAAGCCAUUAUCAAUGAGUCCAGAGAAAAUGUGGCGAGGAUGGUUGGAGGAAAAGCAGAGGACAUCAUAUUUACUUCAGGUGGAACUGAGGCCAAUAACAUGGUCAUCCAUUCUGCAGUGUACUUCAAAAGGAGCUGUGAUGCUGCUGAACAAAAUACAGACAAUUGCAAUGGAUGCCGGGGCCUCCCACACAUUGUCACCUCAAAUGUGGAGCAUGACUCAGUGAAACUAGUGCUGGAGCAUCUGCAGAGGGAGGGCAAGGCAGAUGUUACCUUUGUUCCGGUGUCUAAAGUAACAGGGCGUGUGGAGGUGGUAAAUGUCCUCAGCGCACUGCGUCCCAACACCUGUCUGGUUUCCAUUAUGUUAGCCAACAAUGAGACGGGGGUCAUCAUGCCCAUCAAAGAAAUCUUUCAGACAAUCAGAGCAAAGAUUAAUCAGCCUCCACAGCGGCGGAUCCUGCUGCACACAGACGCCGCUCAGGGUUUGGGCAAAAUCAAAGUGGAAGCUCAGUCACUUGGAGUGGAUUAUCUCACUAUCGUCGGACACAAGUUUUAUGCUCCUCGGAUCGGAGCCCUGUAUGUGAAUACUGCAGAUAAAGCACCUUUAUAUCCAAUGCUCUUUGGAGGAGGACAGGAGAGAAACUUCAGACCUGGGACAGAAAACACACCAAUGAUUGCAGGAUUAGGAAAGGCUGCAGAUCUAGUGACAUCUAAUUUGUCUGAGUACGAGAGUCAUAUGCGAACAGUCAAACUUUACUUGGAGGAACAACUUAAGCUCGCCUUCAAGGAAAAACUCCAUUUCAACAACCAUUUUGACGACUCUGAGGUCCUUCCCAACACAUGUAACGUGUCCAUCCGGGGUCCACAAUUACAAGGCUGGAAAAUCCUGUCCAGGUGUGAACGUCUUUUGGCCAGCGUUGGUGCAGCUUGUCACUCAGACAGAGGAGACAGGCCAUCCCAUAUCCUGCUGAACUGUGGUGUUCCAGAGAACGUGGCAGUGAAUGCGUUGAGGAUAAGCGUGGGAAGAGGAACAACACAAGAAGACGUGGAUGCAGUAGUGGAGGAUCUGAGGAAAGUGGUGGAACUCUUAGAACAAACGGACUAAAAAUGUGAAAGUGUGGGGGGGUCAGUGUUAUAUAAUAUAAAUAUAGAUUUUACUCACAUAAUUCGCACAAUUUGGCACAUCUGUAUCACAGACAGAACUGGGUAAUUCAUCAUAUGAAAAUUACAGUUAAAUUAUGCAAAUGUUGGUCCAGGACACCUUAGUACUUUAUCAUUACUUUCUACAUUUAAUUACAUCAUGUAAAUUCAUAAAAUAUUUCUCAAGAAUAAUAAAAGGCCAUGACUUUGGAGUGACCUGGAGGCUUUCAUGAGGUUGUUUUUCCAUUGGGUCAUGUUUGUAAUCAGCUAAAUGCAUUAUGAAACCAGAUCCAGACACACACUUUCCCUGAUGAGCUGCAGACACUGGACUUCUCAAAUAUAAACCAGAUGAGUGGUCACUCAUGGUAGGGCACCGUUUAGUAAAAUUACUAAAACUUUUGUCUCCUUGUAGCGCUGUGUGCCUCAACUCUCUCAGUGCUUAAGUUUCCCAGCUCCAGUGAAGCAUGCACAGUGCUAGCAGAUGGUUAGUGCCUCAAAGACUCAGCACACGUGUUUCAUUACCUUCAUUCUCUGUGGGCUUUCAUUACUUGCUCCUCAACAUCUAUGGAAAACAAUAAGUGUAUUUCAAAUGUACAAAUGUUGUGGUAAUUUUUUAUUACUGCUAUCAAGAGACUACCAUGAGGGAGUCUUUCAUGGUAUUGUAUGGUAUCCUUAGAUUUUGCUGUAUGUUUUGUAAAUAUAAUUAUGGAAAAAAAUAAAUAAAUAGAUUGACACUUUA